UUUGGUUUCCUUCUUAUCAAAACCCAAAUUGGUUGUUGGGAAAACUUGAGUCAUUGAAUCAACCAUUGUCAAAGACAUGGUCACAAUUCAUCCAAACCUCAAACCAUGGCAUCCAUUUCUUGCAAGCAACCAUAAGACCAAACCUUUCCUACUUCCAUCAACAAUCUCCUGCACUUCUUCUAGUGAAAACAAUGGAACCAGUAAACAAUCUUCAUCCUCAGCUGGCAAGAUCAAACGUCUUGUUCUUCCCCAAGAGGGCAGAACAAAACUCAACACUUAUCCGGACAGAGACUUCUACGCUUAUCCGCGAUUUGUGACGCAUGUCGAUGACGGCUUCAUUGCCACACUGACCAAUCUAUACAGGCAGAGGCUGAGGUCUGGCUCAGAGAUUCUUGAUCUUAUGAGUUCGUGGAUCAGCCAUUUGCCGAAAGAAGUUGAGUACAAGAAAGUUGUGGGACAUGGGCUCAAUGCACAGGAGCUUGCCAGGAACCCUAGGUUGGAUUACUUUUUUGUCAAGGAUCUGAACCAGGAUCAGAAGCUUGAGUUGGAGAGCAGCAGUUUUGAUGCAGUGUUGUGUACAGUCAGUGUGCAGUAUCUUCAACAGCCUGAGAAGGUGUUUGCAGAGGUUUUUAGGGUUCUGAGGCCAGGAGGGGUGUUUAUUGUGAGCUUUAGCAAUCGGUUGUUCUAUGAGAAAGCCAUUGGGGCAUGGAGAGAUGGAACUGCAUACAGCAGGACGCAGUUGGUUGUGCAGUACUUCCAAUCUGUGGAAGGUUUCACACAAGCUGAACUAAAGAAAUUACCAGAUGCUAAUGGUGGUGGUGGUUCACAAAGCAAAUCACCACUCGGUUGGUUCAUGGGCUUCCUGGGGUUGCUGUCUGGUUCAGAUCCAUUUUAUGCAGUGGUCGCUUACAAGAACUUCAAACCUGUAUAUGAAUGAUGAUAAAUGUUAAGGAGGCUCCCUUAAAAGUGUACGCAUCACGGUUUUAGCAUAAUACUUUAUAAUGUUGGAACGAAAAUUAACAUUAAAUUGUGACCUAGUAAAGAGUUUACAAAGAGUCUUACUUUAAAA